GCGGCCGUCUCGGCAGAGCCCGCUGUCCUUGGCUCCGAAUUGCCCGGAAGUUGUCAUAAGGGGCGUCAAAGGCGACCGUCACGAGUGUGAACGGCGCGCUCUCCAGCUGGAGUACGUGUUUUGACGCCGUUGUGCCCGGGUUGCGCGCCGCUCCGCCUACGUGUAGGACGUGCCAGCCGACGAAAACAGGGCUGAUCGUGCUCGAACAACUUCCCUACAGGUACAGGCGGCGCCAUUGAUAUCAACCUGGCCAUGCCGUCAUCGUGGAACCCGACAGAUGAAACCGGCAAAAAGGCCCUCGAAGAGGCAUGCAAGCCUGGACCGGCAUCCAGGAACGUCUAUAGGGACUUCGAAGGCCUGUACGUCAGCCACACGUUCACGGAUCGGAAUAUGCGCUCCGCGUUGUCCUACAAACCACUUGACGGGGACGUCUUUGUCGUCAGCUACCCAAAGUGCGGCACGACUUGGAUGCAGCACAUCGUGUACGCCAUAUACCGAGACGGCGUGGCCCCAGCCAGCCUCAUGGAGUUCAUGAGCAUGACUCCGUUCCUGGAGCUUCUGGGAGCAGAGGGCGCGCAUGCCAUGCCUCGACCGGGAGCCAUCAAGACGCACCUGCCCUUCAAAAUGCAGCCUUACUCCGAGAAGGCCAAGUACAUCUACAUCACCCGCAACCCGUACGACUGCUGCGUGUCCUUCUACUACCACACGAGGAACAUGCCGCUAUACUUAUUCGAGGACGGCACCUUCGACCAGUUCUUCGACAUGUUCAUCGAAGGCAAAGUCGACUUCGGCGACUACUUCGACCACCUGUUGUCCUGGUACGAGCAUCGCGGGGACAGCAACGUGCUUUUCGUCACCUACGAAGACCUCAAGAAGGACACUCGCGGCUGGGUUCUCAAAAUCGCCGACUUUCUGGGCAAGGAAUACGGCGACAAGCUGAGACAGAACCCGGACGUAGUCGAGAAGGUACUCUCUUCGAUAAGCGUCGACUCCAUGAAGAAGAUCAACGCGCAGCUGGGGGUCUGGGGCAAGAAUUUGACCAGCGUUCCCUUGGAAGCACUUCCUCCCGGAAUGAGGUCGUUGGUGGAAGCCAUGGGAAGCCUGUUAGAGAAGCCGGUUAAAGGAGAAUUCGUGAGGAAAGGCAUCGUGGGCGACUGGAAGAAUCACUUCUCGCCGGAGCAGGUUGCCAAGAUGAAAGAGCGGAUCGCACUCAAGACCGCCGGCAGUGACGUCAUGGACCUGUGGAAGGACGCGGGCCUGCCCUAAAUACCAACGCCGGGUGGCGAUUUUGCAUUCUUGUGGACAAAUGUCCAACAGAACCAGAAGACGGGUCAUUUAUGUGUUCUUCGAUAGAGCCGUAGCAAUAAAAUAAAUAAGCGUAAACUUGCGCACUCGUGAGUUCU